CACAUCCAUGCCACGCAGGCACCACGGUGGUGUGACGACCAACAACGAUGCGUUGCCACAGCCUCCACUUGUCGAGAUGGUCUUCCUAGGAACUGCAUCCAUGGUGUCUUCCCCUACACGUCAUGUGGCCGGCAUUGGAGUGGUCAUCGGCGGCGAUUGCUGGAUCUUUGACGCCGGAGAAGGCACGGGGACGCAGUUGGCCAAGUCGUCCGUGCUGCAGAGCGCGGUGUCCCGGGUAUUCGUCACGCACAUGCACGGAGAUCAUGUGUUUGGUCUCAUGGGGUUGCUUCUCUCCGUCGGGAGCACCGGCGACCCCCGAAUCAUCCAGGUUGUCGGUCCACCUGGACUUCGACGUUUCCUGCGGCGCAACCUCGCCGACACGCAAUCAAACAUGAAGUGCCAAUACCGUGUCGAUGAGCUCUGUUUUGAGCAAGCCAAAGACGAGGACGCUUUGUACCUGCCACUGGAAACGCAAGGUCUGAACGUCCUUCCAUGCGCAGACGGCACGUGGCGGGUGCCGCCAUCUCCAUCCACAAUCAAGCAGCAUCAGCAUCGUCACCCCCACGACGACGACGACAACAGCAGCCCCAUGGAAGAACCCUUCCAUGUGUGCGCAGCUGCCUUAAAGCACACCCUCGAGCCAUGCUAUGCCUUUGUCAUUCAAGAGCGAGACUAUCCUGGCCGAGUGCACUUGACAAAUGAAUGCAAAGCAAGAUUGCUGCAUGACGACAACCAAGCAUUUUUGAAAGCUCGGGGCGUAGCCAAUCCAUUGUCGGUCCUGUCGAGGCUUCAACACGGUCAUGCCGUCGAGUUGGCCGACGGCAUCCUCGCGCCGGACGACGUCGUGACCGAGCGCCGAAUCGGCCGCCGCCUUGCCAUUCUCGGCGACACAUGCGAUUCCCGCGCGGUGGCACGGCUGGCCGUGGGUGCCGACGUCGUGGUCCAUGAGUGCACCAAUGCGUUUGUGGAGUCGUUGGACGGCGGCGGCCAUACAUCGUCGGAACAAGUCGAAGCGGCGACGUACGUCCACGGCCACUCGACCCCGCGCACCGCCGGCCGCUUUGCCCAGGCGAUUCAAUGCCGGCACUUGAUCCUCACACACUUUAGCCGUCGAUACAAAGACGACGGGUCUAUGGAGCCAGUGAUGGACACGAUUCGGCGCCAAUGCGGAGCCCUGUACGACGCCGGCAAGAUCGAGUGUGCGCACGACUUGGAGGCUGUGACUGUCAAAAUCCCCAAAGAAGACAGGUACACGGACACAGAUCAGGCGUACAAGGACGCCGCGACGGCGGCCGAUGAGGCGAAAGCACAUGCGCAGGCGUUCUUUCACGCUCAUGAAAGCUUGUUGUUGCAGCUGUCGCGUCGCAGUCGACGGCUGCUGGAGUAAAAGUUGGGAUCAAUAGAAAGGUCACGCCAACGUGUGGUCGAGUAUCAUGUGCAUCGCGAACGUCCUAUGGAUGGAAACAUAUCGC